GAAAGACGCUCAAGAAGUCGCUGAACUUCACCGUCAUGGUGGUCGGCGAGAGUGGUUCAGGCCGCUCGACGUUCAUCAACUCGCUGUGCGACCAGCUGAUCGUUGAGCCCUCCUCGACCAUCCACAUGUACUCCCCCGAAGAAUUGGUCAAUCCGGACCGCGAGAUGCAGCUCAGGAAAAGCACCGUCGAGCUAGAGGACGGCGAGGGCGUGCGUAUCUGUCUGAACCUGAUCGAUACCCCUGGAUUUGGCACCAGCAUGGAUAACAGCGUGUCAUUCCAGAUUAUUACCGAUUACGUCAAACACCAGUACGACGAGAUUCUGAUUGAAGAGUCCAAGCUUAGAAGGAACCCCAGAUUCAAGGACUGUCGGGUCCACGUUUGUUUGUAUUUCAUCACCCCGACUGGCCACGGACUGAAAGAACAGGACGUCGUUUUCAUGCAGUCGCUUGGAGAAUUGGUCAAUAUAGUGCCGGUGAUUGCCAAGGCAGACUCUUUGACGCUCCCUGAGCUGAAACUGAACAAGAAACUCAUCAUGGAAGACAUCGAACGCUACAAGCUGCCUAUCUUUGACUUCAACGACGACUUCUUCAACCUGGACGAAGGCGCCGAUGAGGAGACCAUCGAGCUCAAUAAGUAUCUGGGUAAGACGCUGCCUUUUGCGGUGAUGGGGUCCAACACGACGCACAAGGACCCGGCGUCGGGCGAGGUCAAGCGUGUAAGGGUGUAUCCGUGGGGCACGAUCGAUAUCUUCGACAACGAGAUCAGCGACUUUCUGUCGCUGAAAAACACGCUACUCAUCACACAUCUGAACGACUUCAAGGAUUACACCCACGAGGUGCUGUAUGAGAACUACCGUGCCAAGACUCUCGGAGAAGAGGGCGAGAUCGGCGACGUUAGCGAGAUCAGCAGGGCCAGAGUGUCUUCGAUGGCCACGAGCAUGACGGGCGUCGCCAACGGAAACGGUGCGUACCCAUCGCCCAAGAUCGCUGACAGCCCGGCCUUGGACGACAAGGAGGAGCAGAUCAGACUCGAGGAAGAGCGGCUGCGUGCGUUCGAGGAGCGCGUGCAGCGCGACCUGAUGCUGAAGAAGGAGGAGAUCGAGGCUCGUGAACGGGAGCUUGCCGAGAUCGAAAGAAGACUCGCUGCCGAGCGGCUCGAGGCAUGAGCACUAUAGGUAAGUAAAUACAAGUAAGGUACACCAAA